UGCUGUACACCAGUUAGAGAAGAUUAACCAAUUUUUUGCAUAAAGGCAGCUUGUGGAAGGGGCCCUAGCCCCCGUUAUAGUGCUUAGUUUUAGUCCUGAGAGGCUUGGUUGCCGAAAGGUUGCCGUUAGAAGGCCAUACAUGCAGGUUCCAGAGUUCUGGCUGGGGAUGCCUGAUCGGCUCUUUUGUUUAAGAAAGGAGUUAUUUCCUCAGUUGCAUCUGGGAGUAAUCAGCAACACUGCGCAUUUGUCCUCCCUGAUCUUUCCGCAGCAAAGCAACAAGGAGAAACGCAUAGAGAGGGCACCUCAAGAGGCUGAAGAAACACCUCAAGAAAUACCUUGAGCAGUGUGCGUUCUCCUCCAAGACAAACAGGUCGAUUUCCACUCAACUAAAGACGGUCCAGAUCAUCGUGUUGGCUAUGCCUGGAACGUGCAUCGCCCUGAUAGAGUGUACAUUGAGCCCAUAAAAUGAAGCAUUUCGACAGUCUGUAAAGGGGUCGAGAUCUCAGUCCUCCUUGGUGAUUUAUACAUAAAAACACGGUCAUGUUCUCCGACCGAACCAGAACAUGAUGUUGCUAGAUUUUGGGCUGGAAAUACUGAAGUGCCAAUAUCAUUGCCUUUAUCUCAAGGUUGUAGCUGAGACAGAUGAGCGUUCCACUUUCUGUCCUGCCGUAGCAGUGCGCACCUCAUUCUUUCAUAGAGGCAUCCGUGGUACACUUUCUUCCAGCAUACCAAACAGAGCUCUGUCUCCGAAAGGAACAGUGUUGCUUUAAGAGAGUGGGCGAGGUUCGGUGUGGUGGGCGGGGCUGAAGAGCUUCUUGGAUGAGUUAUGUUUAAUAUCCUCACGCAUUAUUAAAAGGAGGUCAGUAAAGCAAGGACCAUGGCAGCUCCAUUAAGAUCACUUGUUGAAGAUACUUCAAGAUAUCUCAAAUCAUUUGAACUCUUUCUGGAUCACUCAUCAGAGCACCAAUGUAUGCAGGACUUCAUCCAUAAUACUCUACCAGACAUACUGGGAAGCAUUGGUGGAGGACGGCCGGUUUUUAAUGUAAUGGGUGUAGGGAGUGGUACAGGUGAGAUUGAUCUAGAGAUGCUAGCACAGCUACACAUGAAACAUCCACAAGUCAAAGUCGACAACGAAGUUGUGGAACCAAGCAUUGACAUGUUACACAAGUAUAAAGUUUUGGUGUCAAAAACACCAAAUCUUGAUUAUAUUAACUUCACUUGGAAUAAGAUGACAGCUUCAGAAUUUGAAAAACACUGGCAGGAGAAAAACCUUGGAAAAAAGAUGGACUUCAUUCACUUGAUACAGAUGCUGUAUUUUGUGAAAGAUCCAGAGGCCACUGUCUCAUUUUUCCGGAGUCUUUUAGAUAAAGAUGUAAAUCUCUUAAUCAGUCUGGUGUCAGGUGAGAGCGGAUGGGGAAAAUUAUGGAGGACCUACAGAGCUGCUCUCGCUAAAAAUGAGAUCGACAAUGUAUCUGUCAAUAUUGGAGAUAUAAAGACCUUUCUGGAUACCAAGGACAUCCCAUACAGUAAUUAUGUGAUUCAGUCCCAUAUGGACAUCACAGAGUGUUUCACAGAGGGAGAUGAGGUCGGAGAACUGCUGUUGGAUUUCCUAACUCAAGUGGUAGAGUUCAGUAAGAACGCUCCUGAGGACCUGAAGAAAGGAGUGCUGGACUUACUGAGACAUCCAGACUGCAGUAAAGAGGUGGAAGGCAGGAUAAUAUUCAACAAUAACCUGGAAGUCUUAGUGGUUGAGUCGUAGCCCCAUGACUCCUUAAUAUCUGACCGACCUCCGAAGGACUUUUGUGUUUAGCAUUCAAUUUCAUGCCAACGCAGAAUGUGUCCUAUAUUUUUACAUUUUGAAUUCCUGUGCCAAAAAUAUGGGGGUCUGGCUUAUCAUAACAUAUAAAACAUAAUAAACAGUAAUUGCAUA